GCCAUGAAUGACACAGAGUAAAUGACGUGUUUAGCCUAGGAAUCGUAUUUACUUUAGUUUCCCUUCAAAAUGCGUAAUAGGAAAUGGUACGCUGAACGAGAGAACGUGUCCGAUCAGCUGACGCACAUAAACAAUCUCUGGGCUCCUUGAAGCAACAGGUGGGACUCCAGGAGGUGGUAACAUGCCAUGGUAGUGUUCCAUCCCAAGAGGCCAGACUAAACAGUGAAUUACUUCCACCUCCUAGUCAGCCAACACUGUGAUAAGGCGGAACCCAAGGGAUGAGACAUGGGCCAUGAAGGACACGUAACAGUUUGAUUAUAUAUUUUUUUCAGUUGUCAUAUACAUUCAGAUAAUAUGUCUAUUCACCGAGGAGAAGUAGCUGAGGCUCCUGUGAGAAUUUUGAGCCCAUCCACAAGAAAGCACAUGGCCUGCCGACUUGAUUCACGAAAGAUCCUAUUAGCUUCACAGGGAAUACACAGAGACUGGAGAGGUGUGGCAGAGCAGGCAGAGUUGGAUGUGGGCAGCAUCAGUAGCGGAAAAAUUUCCCCUACAGAACAUUGUUUGCAUUUACUUGGCCAAAAAGGAAGUCUAAUGGGACAAUUAUGGAACUAUUUGGAAGCCAUGGAUCGCUUUGAUGUUAUUGAUGAUACAAGGGAUAUGAUAUAUGCUGAUUAUGACAAGUGUAUGAAGGAAGGAGGUGGGGCCUUGACUGCCUUGCCACCACCCAUGGACCAGCUGGUGACUGAUGUGGCUGCUUAUGAUGACAAUAUCCUUACUGUUGAUGAUCGUAAGAAUUUGAGCUUGGGACUUGGAUUGCAACAGUAUACUGCUCUUGUCCUUUUUGCUGAUGAAGAUAUUGAUUUUGUUCAAGAAAUGGUGGAAAAAUUAGAAGGAGAAUAUGGUCUCAAGCUCUGCCUUAAAGAUAGAGACUUAAUUGGAGGACUACAGUUUGAGUCGGACAGCAUUGUGAGACUGAUCAUUGAGCGCUGCAUGAGGGUCAUUGUUAUCCUGUCACCAGAAUUCUUAGCUUCCAAUGCAAACAAAUUCUUUGUUCUGUUUGCCCAUGCUCUCAGUAUAGAUCAACGAAGGCGCAUUGUCAUUCCUUGUCUUUACAAGCCUUGUACCAAGCCGCCUGUUAUAAGUUUCUGCCACUCUCUGGAUUACUAUCGAGCAAAAGGGUAUUGGAACUACUGGGAAAAGCUACGGGACUCCCUCACAUAUCAACCAAAUUCCUCAAGAAUUGAGUCUGGAGUAAGAAUACGGGAACUGUCUGGGUCCUCCACUUCGUCCCAGAUGUCUUCUACUUCUCUCAACAUUGUGACUACACCAUCUCCAUCACAGUCACCAAGCUUCUUCUCCAAGUUUCUUCGCAGAUCAGAUGCAAGAGGAAAGGCAAAAAAUGGCUCGGCUGCACUGAAAGACUCUUCUAAUCAAGUUGGCAAAGAUGAAGCAGAUCAGUUGGGAUCAAACGAGAAAGACUUCAUUGACACAAAUGGCUUCCUCUGUAGCUCUGCCAUCCCCAUACAGAACAUUCAACAGCGGCCCGUUCUUCAGCUGAGUACAUCGUCCACUUCUGGGGAAUCCAGUGAUUAUACAAGUGUUUUUGAAGCUUUACCAGAUGUUCCUACAACUUCACCCUGUGCAAGUCCUAUGAGUACUACUAGUUCUGCAGCUCUGUUAUUACCAGAUGACAGCACUUCCACUUCAAGACCAUCACGAAUUCUAGAGAAAAUCUUUAAAGGCAGAAAAAAGCAUAAAGUUUAUAAUUAACACUUAGAUAUUUUCUAAAUUUGACUGACUAAGUGAAUAUUCUGCAAGUGCAUUGAUAUAAAAACAUGUAUGUAUUGUCAACUAUGUAUUUACCUGAGAUUAAAAGAAAUUUAAGCCAAA